AUGAAACGUCAACCGGCUGAGGCGACACUGCCGUCAAAGACUUCGCUGGUCCGCGAGAAAUCAAAACUUGUUUCUCUUCCUUCUACACGUUCUUCUUCAAGCACGCGGACACUUCUCACGCCCGCAGGGAUGUUCACGCCCCAAGUCACCACCAAAGUGGGUCUCAAUGUGGUACCCCAUGCGGACAGUCUUGCAGUGGGUCACGUAUAUAAGCGGAACUGGUCUCAGGUAGUUCUUGGCUCCACUAGCGGCCUUAUGCUCAUUAUGGUGCUUGCCAUGUUGUACUCGCUGUAUGUAUUGUGCCUUCCGUACGGGGACAGCAUUAGCUUCGGCAUUUUGCUCUCUGUCGUGCUGCAUCCAAAAAGCAAUCUGGAGUACUCCGCUUCCUGUUCCGCAAGGCGAAGGUGUGUGGAGAAGAUGCGGCGGCUGCACCAGGAAUGGGCGUCUCGCUCCACACUCUCUGGCGUGGUUGGAUCCCUGCUCUCGCUAGGCUACUUUUUCAUGUACGCCUCCAUGCAGGGUGUGAUGUUUCUGGGCCUCAACAAACUCUUCUUGGGGUCCCAACGGAGACGGAAUGGUGCUGGCUGUGCCGGGAAGGCCAAGCACGGGACUGUUGCGCAGGAUGCAUUUCACGUCUCCACCCCCGUGGAGCGGGCGUUUCUGCGUUUGCUUACGGUGGGCAUCUUGGUCGUCGUCGCUCACUCCACGAUUGGCUGCUUCUUCUUUUUUCAAUUGCACGCUGUGCUGCUAGCUGUGUUUGCCCUCGCCGUUGUGGUGCUGCCGGAGGAACGCUUUGCUGCUGUGAUGUGGCGCCUCUGGCGCACCGCGCUUGUCCUCUUCUUUGUGGUGGCCCUCUCGUACAACAUGGCGCUCGACGUCCUCUCCGUCAGCGACGCGGUGAAGCGGGCGACCUCGGCCGUCGUGCACGCCAGGCACCGCUGGUCCAACGGCAGGACGUCUGCGUUGGCUGUGGGCAACACGUCAGUUGCCGACACGGCGGAGGUGAGGAAUUCGUCCACCGCUGGAAUUGAGGAGAUGAUUGUGACGAAGCUCCAACAGACGGUGCUGAAGGAGCUCGCCGACACCCUCAAGCAUUCAAACGCAACAGAGCUGGCCGUCGCUGUGCGUCAGUUUAUUUCCCCCCUUCUGACGACGUUCCCAUCGGAACUGAGUAUUGGCUCGCUGCAAAAUAAAAGCAGGGAGGUCUAUACCUCCCUCUUCCAGCGUGGCGGUCCACUGCGCAAGGUGGACUGGGUCAGUGUGUUGCAGAACUCACUGCAGCGUUGGCGACCCGUGGUUAUUUCUCUAACUCAACUUCUGUUUGAAUUAGGGUCGAACAUGAUGGGGUUGUUUGACUCGGUGUAUGCGGGCAUCUUAUUUGUCUGUGUGCUUCGCUACUUCCUGCAGCUGGAGCACACGAUUCUCUACUACGUGGUCGCCAAGAUGCUCCGCGUUAUUCACCCGCGCGACGGUGAGCGACACGCACGCAUUAUAGAGCGUGAAAUCACCGUCUCCUUUCGGACCCUUCUGCAGUCCUUUUGGCAUCUCUCAUGGUUUCACUUCUGCAUUACUUUUUGUCUCUUCAGUGCCUGGUCGUUCCCAACCCCGUUCUUCUUUGGGGCAGUGUCCACCCUCACCGCCGUGUUCCCACUCACACCGAAGUGGAUCUCGCCCGUCGCCUGCGCGUUUGGGUUUGUUCUCUUUAACGCCGUAAGUACCUAUGGGUUUCUCGGCGCCGUCGUGGAUCGGCGUGUGUGGAGCUGCCUCCUCGCGUUUUUGGCGUCGUACUUGGAUGAGUGGCUGCUCUGCGUUUCGCGUGGGUUGCGGGGAGACUCAUUGAAGGACGCCGCAGGGGUGGAGCGGGAGCAGCUGCCAACGUUUGUCAUCGGCACGGCCGUCGUGCUUGGCUAUGUGCGCUACGGGGUGCGUGGGAUUCUGCUUGGGCCCAUGACCGUCAUUGUGGCGAAGGUGCUGUUUGACAACUGGGACAUGGUCACGGCGUGCGAGACGCCGCCUCCUGAACUGCGGGGCACUACGGAAGAGAAACCGACGGCACGACACCCACGAGAGGCGUGA